AUGGACCCCGAUUUCUCAUCACCCGCCAAAUACUCUUCCUUCAACUCCAUCUCCUCCGGCGACUCCAGCGACUCCAGCAGCGAUGGGUGGUCGGACAUCCUAGGGUCGGAUUGGCGUGGUCUCAGCGACAACUCAGGCAGUUUCGGGACGGGCUUCAGUAGCAUUGAGGAGGAAGACAUGCUGAGUCUGCAGACGGUGUUGGACUUCUCUGAUUCAAGCUCAGAGUUGGGAUGGGAUUCAGAUUCGGACUGGGGGCUGGAAGCGUAUGAUGGAGAUGACGAGACGUCAAGCAUGGAGUCGAGUGCAGAGACAGGGCGACUUGGGACAGCAGUGCGGAACGCGGUGAUGGAGGAGAUCCACAACAUGUACGAGCAUCGCUAUCAGCAGCCACGGGACAGAUCCGCUCUCCCUUGA